UUAUCAUGGCGGGAUGCAUGAAAAUCAUAAACGGUUUUAUUUCAGCAAACGCUAGAUUAAUGGUUCUUGCGGUGCUCCUUAUGUGUUUACCUCAAAUCUCACAACAAGAUACGGGUAAAGAACAUGAAAUAACUAAUCUGCGGGAUGGUGACGAGUAUGUCAUGUCAGGAUCCAACCGGUUCUGUUACAGAAACACCGUAUUGCCAACCUGGAGGCAGACAUGGACAAGAAUUCAGGUCAAAGUUUGGAGUUCAAAGGUGUUUAAGGUGGACACUGUGGAAGGUGAGGAGGAGCUGCAGGAGCUCGAUCGCUUCAGUUUUUGGGGCUGGUUCCAGAGCCUGCUGCGAGAGAAGCACAAUGAGACUGUUAUUAACAUCAGCCUGUUCAGCAAGAAGACAUGCUUCAAGGUUGAUCCUACUGGGAAUGCGCAAUACACUGUCAAACCCAUUCGCAAGUUUGAUAUAUAUCUAUUCUUGCUAUUCCUCGCUGGAGCAUUGCUGUUUUUCUUUGCAGACUCACUCAGCAGGAGUCAGGCUUUCUUCUAUUCUGCCGGUAUGAGCACUGGCAUGAUUGCCUCUCUCAUAAUCCUCUUUUUCAUUCUGGCACGCUUUUUACCAAAGAAAAGCCCCUUUUAUGUGUUGAUAGUUGGAGGCUGGUCAUUCUCUGUGUACGCAAUCCAGCUUGUGUUCAGGAACCUCAGCAUUAUUCUUCGAGAGCACUGGCAUGUGGCAUUAGGUUAUGUAGCAAUUGUGGGAUUCGUCAGUUUUGCUGUGUGUUACCGUUACGGCCCUCUGGUUGAUGAGAAGAGCAUUAACAUCCUGUCGUGGACCCUGCAGCUCUUUGGUCUGCUCCUGGUUUAUUUAGGAAUUCAGAUUCAGCAAGUUGCCUUCGCUCUUAUUGUAGCUGCUUUGUUUACCAAAAACCUGGAGUACCCAGUCUAUCUGCUGGUUGCUGCAUGGAGAAAAAUCAAACAGUAUAUCCACUGGAAGCCACAGCCACGACGCCUGCUGACUGAGGAGGAGUAUCAGAAGGAAGCUGAGGAAGAGACUCGGCGGGCUCUGGAGGAGCUGCGGAAAUAUUGUAACAGCCCAGAGUUCAGCCCGUGGAAGACAGUCUCUAGACUUCAGUCUCCAAAAAGGUUUGCUGAUUUUGUCGAAGGCUCCCCGCACUUGAUGCCUAACGAGGUGUCCAUCCAUGCCCAGGAAUACGGUUUUGGAGGAUCUUUCUUUGAGGAUGAACUCUUUGACACAGACGACGAAGAUGACGACGAUAUUGUACCUGUGACGAAACCAGAGUGAGACGGCGCAAUGUUGGAAACAAAAACACUUAUUACUGCCUUUCAGAAAGGUGAUGGGAGACCAGCUCUCCACGGCCGUCCAGACUGACUUUUAAAUGGCUUCUUUGGAGGCGGGAUUAGUGGCAUCCCUGAAUUCCAGGAUAACGAGCCAUUUUGUAUCACCACAGGCAAAGUAAACAAAGUACUGUCAAAGAAUGUGCACUAAAAUCAUACUUCUUUAUUUCAGGGAAUUAAGAUUUCUGUUGAGAGGUUUAAAGACAGUGAAAGCUGAGACUUGCAGAUUUCUUUGUGCACAGUUGUGGCCCAGACAAGUUUUUAGUUUUCUAAACAUAUUUUGUUUACAGCCUUUGGCUCUAAUUGGAUUUUCUGCUGUGGAAUGUAAUGAGAUUAUGCUUGUAGAUCACUAUUACCAGUUAUUACUCUAGUUUCCUGCUUGGGAAGAGAAAGAGAUGUCAUUUUUUAAAUUUGACUUAUUUCAUUCAUUUUAAACAAAAGCCAUCAGUAGAAGUGUCCCCAAGUAAUUUGAAUAAAGAUAUAUAUAUAUAUAUAUAUGUAUUUGAACUCUAAAAGGUGUGAUGAUGUCACUGAGAGGGUUUGAGGUUUUGUAAAUGUCAGCAUGGCUUUAUCAUAUGCCUUUGAUGCAAAAAAUUUUUUUUUCUUGUUUAGUGCCGGUUGACCAAAUUGUCAUGUCAAGCACCUUUAUUUUUGCAAAGUAAAGACUCUGUAGUAUCAGAGAGAGAAGUUCAAGGAUGCAAUGAACUCUUAUUAGCAGCAUCUGGCAUCAGUGGGAGGAAGAAUUCGAGGGGCCAAGUUCUGGCUGUAAGAAAAUGAGUAAUGCAAUAACAAUACUUGUUUAUCAUAUAAAACAUUUUUGUUGUGUUGCGCUUGAACAAUCCUUCAUCACACCAACACAUGACGUGUCAUCAUUAAUGACAUAUUACCAUAUGUAGGUAAAGCCCCUGGUCAAACAGGCCUAUAGAAGGGAAAAUUGUGUAUUCCCUAAUGCCAGAUACCUGUGAAUGUAAAAUUUGAAUUUUAGUCAUCUAGCAGUGACUAGAUGUUACAAGGAUUUGGGGUCACCCGCAGGGGAAUAAAGCGGCCUUUUUAAAAAAAGCAGGCAUAAUGUAAGCAUUCAGUUACAUGGUGUGAGUGUGGAUUAUAAUUCUUGAUUAUUUAGGUUGUGCUACUGUCUUUCUUGGUUUACUUCUAUUCACUUUUGUUUAGAAGGUGGCCUUUCUACCAGCUCUAUCCCCGUCCUGGUACAGAGCCAGUUCUACCUUGAUGCCUUUUAGGAAGCAACCCACAUUUCGGUUUGAAGUUGGUCACAGCAGUUUUGUGGUGCUGUGUUGGUGCCAGGUUUGUUUGGCGGUCUGGUCAAAAUGCCAUGACUUCGGUGAAUGAAAUUAGCAUGGGAAUCUUUUAAGAGGACCUGCUUGUUUUAAUAAAAUACUUCUUUUCCACCAAUUCGAUGUCGGAGCCCAAUUCUGUCCUGCUUCUUUUUGACAACCAGGUCACAUUUCAACAGGUUUAACAACUGAUUUACUAAAGAUCGGAUAAUUUUUAU